UUUGUCAUUAUUAUAAUUUUGAGUUAAUAAAUGUUUAUUCAACUGAAUGAAUGGAGUCACUAUCAAAAAUAGUAUUUAUGCAGAAAUAGAAGGGGAGCAAGGGUACAGGGCUACCAUACUGGAUAUUCAUGUUCUCUACAGCUGUAUCUUUCACAUGAACACCUACAAGGUAGGUCCUCAUGUAGACACAUUCCCAUGUGCAAAGCCACUGCCUCUGCCAAACAUCCAUACCAUCGGCAGGUUUCAUUUUUGUUCCCGUUGUCAGAAGUCUAACAACUGGUCCUUCUGAUCACCAAUAUCUUUAUGAGCUCAGUGUUGGCCCACACUGCUGCAUGAUUGGGACAAAGAGACGAUGUAACAGUCUGGUUUCUAUGGCAACAGAGGAGGGGUAGUUAAAACCGAAAUGUUGGGAACACCCAUUCUGAUAAUUGGGACAUAAUUCUGGCUAUUGCAACUACACGGACUCCUGAGGAAGCCAGAGUGGCUUUACCUUGUUACUCUGGCUGCCAAAAAAUCAGCCCUGCACGUUUUUCUUAGUUUAGCUGUUAAGAGGAAGGAAACAUCUUAUACACAGGCCUCAUUUUCUGCAUGUAAAAUGUGUGUGUUCUUUAAAAGCCAGUGGUUGGCUGGUUUUCCGGACAUGAUGUGGUUGAAGCUGUCAUCGUAAUGGAAAUUCAUUGCUGUAGCUAUGGUAAAUCGAGUUUUCUGCCUGUGCUGAAUGCAUUAGUCUAAUGAGAUGUUUGCAGCUGGAGAGCCGAGCUGCAGGAGACGUACAGUGUCGCCACUAAGAGCCAGGGAGAAGAUGGCUUGCGCGAUAAUCCAUGUGCGUGUCCUGAAAGUCCUCUGUCCUCUGGGUCAACAUUCUGCGUCCCGGUAAACUGAUCAGAGUUCUAAAAUUAAGUAAUAGCACCUCCUCUGCAUAUAAAUAACCUGUCGUCACUGCUUACGAGACUGGUAAUGGCUGAAAUGCAGUCUCCAAGGAUAGCAGGAAGAAAACGAGGCAGACCCCCACUUCACUCAGCACCGAUAAAAAUGGCGGUCCACAACCUCUAUUCUACUUCUGCCUGUUCCUUGCCAGUUGUGAAGAUCCCAAAGAAGAGAGGCCGGAAACCUGGGCACAAGCUGAAGUCUCGUGUUCUAAUGACUCCUUUAGCAAUCUCUCCUCCACGAAGCACACCAGAGCCAGAUGUCAUCUCCAUCCCCCAGGAUGCAGCCGCCAUACCCAGCUCGGCAGCAGCAACACAGGCUCUCCCAGUUUGCAUUUAUGUCAACAAACAAGCCAACUUGGGGCCAUACCUGGAGAGGAAGAAGGUACAGCAGCUCCCGGAGCACUUUGGGCCAGAGAGGCCCUCAGCAGUCCUGCAGCAGGCGGUUCAGGCGUGCAUAGACUGUGCACGCCAGCAGAAGGCAGUCUUCUUCCUGGUCAAGCAGGGCUAUGGUGGCGAGAUGGUGUCUGUCUCAGCUUCUUUUGAUGGGAAACAGCAUCUCCUGAACCUGCCUGUGGUGAACAGCCUCGGCUGUGUCUUAAGCUUCCUGAGGAAGCUGUGUCAGAGCCUUUUGUGUGACAACCUCUUCAGCAGCCAGCCUCUUCCCCACUUCCCCCGGGCUCCUGAGGACAGGAGGAUGAAGUCAGAGGGCAGAACUAGUUCUUCCAAAACCAUCAUCUCAGAAGAUUACCUGGCAGAUCCUGUGGGUAUGAAGCGCUACAGUAUGGACCCCUCUGAUUCAGCCUUCAAUUGCACGGGCUCUUCCUCCUCCUCCUUGUACUCUGGGAGGUUGAACUCUGGAGAUGGAUGCCUUGGGAGAGGCCUGCCUACUUCUUCCUGUAGUCACCGCUCUGGCUCCACGUCCACUAGUGGCCCCUCAGCUGUUGGCUUGAGGCACCAGGCAUCCAGCCUCAUGAGGAAUGGCACUUAUUUGGAAGGAAACAAAAGUGCCUCGAGUCCUUCUCCAGAUGGACAAGAUGCCACCCGACCUACCAGCAAGAAUCCCUCCACCUGGACUGUGGAAGAUGUGGUCUGGUUUGUGAAAGAUGCUGACCCCCAGGCCUUGGGACCUCAUGUGGAGCUCUUCAGAAAACAUGAAAUUGAUGGCAAUGCAUUAUUGCUGCUGAAGAGUGAUAUGAUCAUGAAAUACCUGGGCCUGAAACUAGGGCCAGCACUGAAACUUUGUUAUCACAUCGAUAAACUCAAACAGUCUAAGUUCUGAGAUUCUCUAGAGCAUAGAAGCCAGAUGUUCACAACAAAUAAGAGGGUAGACUUCAAGGUAAUUUGCUGCCUUACCAAUGUACAACUUCAACCACAAAAUUAUUUUCUCCUAAAAAAAAAAAAGACUUUGUCUUUUUGUUUUAAAAA